GGAGACCGCAGUUUGCUCAUCUCUGGAGCACCCGCCCUCCUGUCUGCGACCCGCGAGUCUCGGCGCGCCGCCGGUGGACCGAGCGGAUCGGUUCUGUUAAUUCUGGGAGUAGCUGCUGUCUUUGGUCAGCAGUGCUUACUGGUGCAGGACGCUGGAACAGGGUCACUCUAAUCGCUCUAAUCGUCCUGCCCCUCUGCCGUAACCGUCUGGUCCGUGCAGUACUGAAGAAAUGCUCGUCUGUCCAGUGGGAUGGUGAGAGGGGGGUGGUGUGGAGAUGGGCUGUACCUCGGCUAAGCAGGUGUCGUCUGUGCCGAGUGAAGACGAGAGCCGGAGUAAAGCGUACAGCAACGGGGACCUCCUUACUGAUGAGUACAGGAUGAAAGGAGUAGUAGAGGUGAAGUAUAUGCAUGGGGAGGAGGACCGAGUGAACGCACGCAACCAGGAGAACCUGGAGAAGAGCUUGGCACAAAAUAAGACCAAAUCGCACAGGGAGAUCCCAGGAGCCAACGCCAACAGGGCCAAUAUUCAUACGUCAGAGAGUCAGCAGGAGUUUUUCAGAAUGCUGGAUGAGAAGAUUGAGAAGGGCCGGGACUACUGUUCUGAAGAGGAGGAUGUGACAUAGCACACACACAACCAACCACUGGAGAGCGAGAGAGAGAGACUUCUGUGGAGGAAUGAGUGAACUCAAAUCAGUGUUUCAUCUUUUACUCUGUUCAGUUUGAGAAGGUGCGUGUGCGUGUGCGCGUGUACGUGUGUGUGUGUGUGUGUGUCUCUGCCCAGUUUCCUCCCAGUUCUUUCCACAAGGGACAAAGGAAAGAUGGACAUUUAAUUGAUGUUUGUCUUGACGAAUUAUUGACCUACUGACUCACUGUGCGAGGUGGCUGGAGCUGCCCCCUCUGCACCUUCCGCUCUGGCCAUCACCCCGACCUGUUCUGGGAGAGAAAUGGGGGAACUAAGGAAGGAAGCAGGACAGGGAGACAAAGGAUUUCUGUCGGAGGAAGAGAGGGAUGAAAGUGCUUAGUGUGUGUGAGUGUGCGUGUGAGUGUGCGUGCGCGUGUGCGCGUGCGCGUGUG